CUCUGGACCAUGAAUAGCACAAGCGGUUAUAGAAAAUCAAUGGAUGUGCAUGGAUCCCAAUCUUAGAGCUGGAGCGCUCUCUCUUCGCAUCGUCCGCCUGCUCUCUCGCGGGGUCCACAGGGAAGAGCUGACGCCGAGGCUAGCAGUGCCACCUGCGCAGGGUAACCCGGGGCGACCGCGGACGACAGCACACCGGCGACCUCCAUCGGGAGGGGAGCAGAGAGCCCUCGGCACCUGAAAGAAGGGGAUCAGUCUGCUCAGCCAGCCGCGACGUGGGACCGUUGACCUUCGCCGCCCCCUGUGCUGCGUGUAGGGGGCGGGAACACCCCCUCCGUACCGACCGGCCAUGGAGGAGACCCUCACCUGCAGCAACACAACCUUCACGCAGGUUUUUGGCAAUCAGGGGCAGCUCAUGCAAGCCACAGUGCAGUCCCUGAACAGCCUCAAUGACCAGAUCGCCCAUUUCAUGGUGAAUGGGCCCAAGGCCCUGGACAACGAGGACGACGCCUUCCUGCCCAGUGAGAAGGAGACCCUAAAGAAGUCCAUGACCUUGAUGAGACACCUGCUGAUGGAUGCCCAGGCCAAAAUCCUGAAAAUGAUGGAUGACAACAAGCAGCUGGCCCAGCGCAUCGACGGCGCGAUCCAGUCGGCCAGUCAGGAGGUGACCAACCUGCGUUCAGAGCUGAGCACCACCAGCCGCCGGCUCGCCGAGCUGGGGGCCAGUGACCCCCCCAUGGCUGAGAACGCGCAGCACAACCACCACGAACCGUCUGUGCACCAGAGACAGAAGCCAGCGACAGACGUUUGCUAUAAAACUGACAUAACAAGCCUGAUGGAUUUCAACACCCCGGAUUCUUCUCUGGACAAGAUACUGCUGAGGGAGGAGGUGGCGCGACUCCAGGAGGAGGUGCACUUGCUGAGGCAGAUGAAGGAAGUGCUCACCAAGGAGCUGGAGGACCCGCACAGUGGCUGCUCCGCCGAGCUGCUCUCGGCCACCGAGCUCCGGGUCCAGCUGGUCCACAAGGAGCAGGAGCUGGACCGAGCCAAAGAGGCACUGCAAGCGAUGAAGGCGGAUCGCAAACGGCUGAAGGUGGAGAAAGCGGACCUGGUGAACCAGAUGCAGCAGCUGUACACCACGCUGGAGAGCCGAGAGGAGCAGCUGAGGGACUUCAUACGCAACUAUGAGCAGCACAGAAAAGAGAGCGAGGACGCGGUAAAGGCCCUGGCCAAGGAGAAGGAUCUUCUGGAGAGGGAGAAGUGGGACCUGCGGAGGCAGACCAAAGAGGCCACGGAGCAUGCGGGGGCGCUCCGCAGCCAGCUGGACCUGAAGGAGAACCGGAUCAAGGAGCUAGAGGCUGAGCUAGCCAUGGCAAAGCAGUCCCUGGCAACGCUCACUAAGGACGUGCCCAAACGGCACUCCCUGGCCAUGCCCACUGAGGCUGUCGUCAAUGGCAACCAGGAAUGGGUGGUACAGGCGGACCUGCCCCUCACAGCUGCCAUCCGGCAGAGCCAGCAGACGCUGUACCACGGGCACACCCCCCAUCCCGCCGACAGGCAAGCGGCAGUGAGGGUGAGCCCCUGUCACUCACGGCAACCCUCCAUCAUCUCGGACGCCUCAGCUGCCGAGGGCGACCGCUCCUCCACACCCAGCGACAUCAACUCCCCACGGCACCGGACGCACUCUCUCUGCAACAAAUCCUCUUUGAUCUUUGGCUACAGACUGCGGCUGCCCAAAAGUGACACCUUCUCUCUUCAUUCUCUCUCUCUCUCUCUCUCUCUCUCGUGUUUUUCCCCCUCUCUGUUGGUAUUUUCUCUCUCUCUCCUCCGUCUGCCGUUUCCCUCUUUCCUGAUCUGGCCACAGUCUCUAGAGGACCUGGAAGACCAGAAGCGUAAGAAAAAGAAGGAGAAGAUGGGCUUGGGUUCUCUGUCACGAGUCUUCGCCCGAGGAAAACAGCGCAAGUCCCUGGACCCGGGUCUGUUCGAUGGUACUUCCACUCCUGACUAUUACAUAGAGGAGGAUGCAGACUGGUGAUGGCAGCCCCCCAACCCCCAAAACCUUGCUCUCCCUACUCCCCAAGCCCCCCACCCGUUGCAUCCCAGACCUCCUGCAAAGGAGAGAGAGCAAGCAUGUGUGUGGCUGCCUGUCACCCUGCCUGUGAAGGGUCUGGCUGAGGGUUCGAGAGGGAAGACCCCGCCCUCCACCAGUAUUAGUGUAAAAAUAUUAGUAGUAAAAUACCUUUAUGUAUGUGGAAAAAAAGAGAAAAAAAGCAGGCCCACACACUCACACACUCCCACACGCACAUUUCGGAUUUGGGAAGCGUGGAUGUUAACUGUCAUCUUUGGAGCAGCGUGGCCCCAUUUCCGUGUCUUUAUAUUAAGAAUUUUUUCCUUGUUCGGUAACUUGACUUGAAGGACUGCUGUGUAUUUGUAAAUAACCGUCAUUGUGCACUUUGUGCUUGUAAAUGUCCAAUGUCCUGAAUGCAUUUUUGUUGGUAUUUUGUUGUUAUUUUUGACCCCAGCUUUUGAAUUUCAUUCCUCUUUUUUUCUCGUGUGUUCUCACUGCUUGGUCCAUUUCCUGUAUUUGGCCAGUAAUCAAGAAAAGCUUCCUUUAGGCAAUGUGCAGACUCUCUGGGCAUGUAUCCCAAAAUCAGGAUAUAUAGUCAUCCUCAAAGCUACAAGCGGUAAAUGAAUAAAGACUUUGAUGUUUACGUCCUGGGCCGUCACGACAAAACAAACCUAAAGACACCAAUGCCCUGUGUGAAGAUGUAAAUGUCCUGUAUGUGACCAACUGUGUGCAUGUAGAAGCUGAGAGCAGAGCUUUGUGAGUUGAGGGCUGCUGGGCAGACAGACUCAGAUAAGAGCAAAAGGACAAGUGCUUAAGCUAUACCCACUGGCCAGUGAGCACUUUGUGUCUCGAUAAGGGAAGAGUAGUCACCCCUAAGGGUGCAUCUCAGGCAGCAUGCAGUGCACCUCUGUAAUAACUGAUGCAUUGUUUAAGUUGUGCAUUUGUCCAGGCGUGUUCACUUCCUGAAGUUACUGGGGUGUUACACCCGUAGAUGUAAAAAUGACCUAUUUCCUGCCAUCUGGGUCUCUUCUCUCCAGAAGAAAAUGUGCACAGCUUCCAUUUUGGUGCCAAGCUGAUUUGGAAGCUAUAAAACGAGAAUUUAUGAGAUUGGUAAUUUAACCUGAAACUGCCCCAAAAUAACGUGAAUAUGUGAAUACUCCCACAAGAUACUAUUUGGGCAGCCUUUUGGAAGGAUUACCCCCUAGAUGAGGGAUAUGAAAGAGCCGCAUCCCCUUUUAGGGGUGAAAUAAAUGCGAUCACUCUAAAAUGUGUUUUAUCAUAGUUAAAGCGUUUUGUUAAAUUCGGUGGUUUUGUGAGGAAAAAUUACUGCUGCCGCCCUCCACGGGUGGAAAACUGUUAAGGAAAUUGACCAGCAUUGUGCUAUCGUCCCAAAAGCACGUACAGUCCAGCAUGUUGACACUCUCUAGGUUUGUCUGAAAUGCAUGGCAACCUUGAGUUUCAGUUGGUCUCAUCAUCGGAAGAGUCGAUGAUAGUGAGCGAGGUUGCCCUGGCCUUUGGACUGGGAAGGAAAGACGAGAACCAUCUACCCCCCCUGCCUCUGGGCAAACUGGAGGAAAGCCAGCAGCAUUGAUGACUGACAUUCCGAGCGUGUUAACUGGAAAAGCACGCUCUAAGAGGCACUGGCUCAAUUUUAUUACUCAAAACUAAGCGCUUUUGAAUUGCACUUAAGGCACCGUGAAUAGACCUAAGUUAUAAUCUGUAUCUUCGAUACAGCAAACAUGGCUGGGGGAGACUUGGGACCCCAAAUUCAUUCUGCUUAUUUCUACAGCACGACCGGCUGCACAUCUUGAGCCCGGAGAAAGCAAUGGUGCUGUGUAGCGUAUCUUCGACCUUAGAGGCGACCUUAAAGAAUCCGCCAUCGGAACAGUCGCUCUGGGAGGGUCUCUUGGCGGCAGUGUGCAGUGAUUGCUGGUCACCACGAGGACAGACUGGUCACUCCCAAGUGUGUGUAUCAAAAGAGGCUUAGAUAGUUUGCUGUUUUAGUAUUUUUCACACAGCUUGUACGUUUGCUGUCGCUCUUCAGACCGAAUUUCCCGCUCAUGCCUACAGCAGUGGAGCCAGCAGUCUACCUGGCACCAGCUCCUGCUCCCUUAACUUUCCCUCCAGAGAGCACCAUAGCCCCCCCUCCCCCCUCGGCUGGCACUGGGGCUCCUGCCAGUUGCACCCCCCACCUUGAAGCCCCAUCCGCUUGGGCUGACUGAAGGAAGCCCACGCCACUGUGAAAUCCAGCUGAAAUAACCUCUCACUGCGCUGAGUUCAGUUCCAUGUGUGAAAGAUAAAUGGAAAUGUGGAGUUCCCACGACAGCUUUUUAGGGAUUUCGGAGCACUCGACUGAUUACACUUGUAUUACGGAAAAACUUCAUCAAAAUUUAAAUAAAUUGAGUCCUUUGCAGUCGGGCCUGAGAGCUUUCACUCAGCAGAUGGUACUUUUUUCUUUCUUUCUCCACUUCAUGGGCAAGGAUGUUUAGCAGCAGAAGUUACGUCCUGGGAUGUGUGAGACUGUUCCUGGGGACAUGGAGCAUCACCUCAGCUGGCCUGUGACAUUGAGGGUCUGGCCAGAUCACAUGACUAGGCAGCAUCGAGCCUCAGGCAGCACUGUGUCCUCGUCCCCCCCCCCCCCCCCAUUCUUAUACAAACAGCCUGGAGUCAGGUGUUCAGCUCACUUUAUCUUUGGCAUUGUGGGAAUAUAAUAUAUAAUAUAAUAUCUAUAUAAUGAGCUAGAUUUGAGUCCUGCAUAUGAAUUAGAAAUAAAUUAGCUCCUCUUGUACUGGCAAAGAAAAUAAAAAAUAAAUAAAUAAACCAGGGUCAAGUUGCCUGAAAAGCAAUUAAAUAGGUGCCAAAGAUUAAUAGCCUUUUCAAAAAACAGCAUAUUAAUUGCUCUAAUCUGCACUGAGUGAGCUUGCCGAGAUGUCUGCCUUGCCUUACAGGAUAGCCUUUGUCUUGUCAUUCAGUCACUAAAACACUGCUAGCUACCUGCUCAUCUAACGUGGUUGAAUGGGGAGUCACGGGGGUGUAAAGGAGAACUCGGUAGGCCAUGCUGCUUUGCGACAGGGGUCACCUGUAACUGCGGAAAGGGGAGUCCCUCGCUUCUCCUUUCCUGUUGGCAUUCCAUAUAUAAAAAAACCAUUAUUUUUGUAGUUUUAUUUUGUAAACAGAUUCGCUGUCAUUUCAUUAAUUUUAUUUUUUGUAAAUUAGAAAAUAAUGCUGAUAUCUACUAUUAAAGAGAUUUAUUUAAGAAGAAAUGAGCUUCAAUGACGGAAAAUCAGGACAGUGAAGGAAAAUCACUGUUUUUAGCUGUUUGGAAAUAGAGGGAAGGGAACAAGUUUUAAUGGCAUGGAAACAAUACAGUAAAGAUCUAAAUAAAAACUUAUUUUAAAAUAAA